CUCGGCCGAGGCGUUGUUCGCCAAAAGGCUGACAGCAGCAGUCGCUAGCUAAGACGUGGCACAGCCAUAUGCAGCUCUGUACCAUGUCCACAACACAGGACGCAGGUGGAUGGUUAUACCUUCACAAUUAAUAAUGCAGGAAAGCAGAAGGUUUGGUUGGAUCUUGCAGAGUGCCUAUUGCCUAAGCGUCGACAUGAUUGCCGACCCUCACUCAUUCUGUCCUGCGGCACUGGCUCGCUGAAGACCGGAGAAGCUUCGGUUCAAACAGCAUUACCAAUAUCCAAGAUUUUUGCAUGUCGCAUUACUACGCGUGCCCGGCUGUUGGGCUUGGGGGCCGUGUGCAGAUGCGACAGCGUGAAGUCACGUCGCACACAUCUGGCCCGUGUCAUCGAAUAGACUUUUUGACAUCUCAAGAGCUUCCCCGGCUAGGUCUGGGCCCACUGCUACUCCAGGAACGCUGUGGCACAUCUUACACCGAUCAGCAAACUUUGUUCCUCUUACGGUUCGGCGUUGUGGCUAGUGCAGUGAGCCUUACAGCCUGCGCUACUCGCGCCCAGCGUCUACGUAUACCUCGUUUGAUGAGACGGCAUGGCAGUCUAUCCGCCCAUCGGGACGACUGCCUUCUGUCUUUGAAAUCGUGCGUACGGAGUGCAAAUGAUGACCAACAACGGUCUAGAAGCUGCAGAAUGAUGAGGCAACAUCGUCGAAGUACGAGAAAAAGAAAAGAAGAGCAUGGGUUACUUGAGCAUGUGGCCCCUGUUGUCAGAAACCAUGCCGACCACAUUCAGUCGUUCUUGGGCGUUGCUUGUCCCGACCUAGGUGUGUACGCGCUGUCAAACUCACCCAUACCGCUUGGCGCGCUUGCGCGUCCCACAGUUGCGGCUUGAAGUUGCGCAAAGCGAGCUGGUAAGACGUGGUGAUAGCAAUGGGGGCGGAUGAAGGAGACUUCGUUGGCCGACCCUGACUACCUAGGUAGUGACGCCGCCAGACGCACGCAGAGAGCCCUGUGGGAGAGCUGCUGGCAGCCCCGCGCUUGCCGCUAUGCCAGCGACUCGAGGCCCACGCGUUCUCUGAUCGAGGACCUAUUGACGUACAUAGUAUGCAC